CGAAGAAAGGGACCAGCAUAGUUUUAUUAACAAUCCCGCAUAUCGACGAAAUACUGUCUGAUUUCAAAUUAAUUUUGAAACUUUCUGAUGUCUAACAGAGACCACGGAAAGAUGAAUAAUAUUGUAUAUUGGCUUGUUUUACCUGGACUUUUACGCAUCUUAGUUUCUCCUCUUCGGUGUUAUGAGUGUGAUUUAAUUGGUAACGCAUCCAUGUACUCAUGCUUUGACCCAUUGGACACCACACACGAUGACAUCAGAGUGACGCAAUGCCAAGAUCCAAGAGAGACCUGUCUCAAAGUGAAGACUCGGUUCGAAGAUGGAGACGUUUUCUACCAACGGAAAUGCGGGAAAGCGAAACACAAAGACUCCUGCAAAGACUUGCACCUGAACGGAACCAGAUACAUGCUGGACGUGGAACUCUGUUCGUGCCAGACAGACUUGUGUAACACAGCAGACUCAAUAUCAGCCUCGUCUAGCAGAACAACCGCGUUUAUUACAUUUUUGUGGGCUUUUCUAUAAGACAUGGGGCUCACUCUGCGAUUGUCAUAACGGCUUAUUUAAGGAUUGUGCAAUUGGUGAUGGUUUUUUAAACACACAAUUUGGUUUUA